AUGGCUGGAAUCAAUGAGCCGGUUAAGGAAGGUUUUUUUCACACGGCGUGUCCGGCGCUUUUGUCCGGCGCGGCGCAGGCGAUUUUGUUUAACCCCUUCGAUAGGGCUCUUUACGUGCGGGUGAAGUUUCGUCGCCAGCACUUCUUGGACCGACGUAACUUUGGACAGCCAUUUCAAGGCUUUAUGAAUGCUGCCGUUUACCGCACGCUUGUAGGCGCUUCUUACAUGUUUUGGCAAGACUCCGCUCGAAUCUUCAUUGAGAGCAAAACACCGGAGUAUUUUCAUGCAUCUCAAUCUCCGAAUUUGAAUGCCUUCCUCAUUGGUGCAAUUGCUGGCUCUGUGAACGGCGCGGUGUUGAAUGGAAUGCAGGUUGUCAAGUACCGCACGUGGAAUGUGGAUGGAAACGUGAGUUUUCUUCGGGUUGCCCUGGAGGUAUAUAAAGAAAGUGGCGUACGGAUUUUUUUUCGAGGCAUUGGCACGACGGCUUUGCGUGACUGUGUCUUUGGCAUCGUCUACGAGCUGUUUCGGCGAUCCACCUUUAUCAAAGACGUGUUUGAUCCGUACGUCAUAUCAGCAGAGAGGGCAUCUCAUUUUCUGCGGGGGGAUGAAGUGCCACCCAACAGUUGCCGGGUUUCAGCAGGGGCGACCUUGCCGAAUAAAAAUUAUAAUCAUAAGCAUACUACUACUACCACUACUAAUAAUAAUACCACCAAUAGUAAUAAUAAUAAUACGGAUAGUACAGGUCGUGUAGCACUAUGGAAUCAGGAAAAGUGCGGCGCAUGCGCCUUUAUCUCAAACCUUGUUGCGGCACUGCUUGCUUCCAUCGUGAGUUCACCGUUUAACUACGCGCGUUCCGUGAUAUAUGGUGCUCCGUCUGGUUCUGUGCCGAUGCGCUGCACGUCACUUCUUCAGUCAUUUUGUUACCAGGUGCGAUUUAUUUACGUAUGCGGGGAGAGUUUUACGGAUGCAAAGGCAAUUGCUGCGGAAUCGGCGAGGAAGGCCCCACUUCAAACUAGCAGUAGCAGCGCUUGUUCACAGAACCGGUUGCUAGGGAGGUCGAAAUACUUAUGGAGAAGUCUUUUGACAGGUGCCUAUUGGCGCAAUCGUCAUCCAGUGGCCGCGUGGCGCUGGGUAAACAGUCGGCUGAACAUUGGAUGGGGGUCUUUGCGUGUCGGUCUCGGCAUGGCUGUUGGGCAGAGUUUAUUCCAUUUUUUGCAGGACACCCUUCAAAGGGUUUUUAUUUAUUGA